GUAAAAAAACAGCAACGUAUCAAAGCAGAACCCAAAAGUCGCAGUUCCAUUUUGAGAAUAAUAAUCAUGAGUCAAGGAUAUACACCAGCACAGACCUAUCAACCGGGAAGUAUGCCUCCCCAGGUGAUAAUACAGACAACGACAACCACAAAUGUGGUGCCCAUUGGCAGUGAACCAUCCCGUGUCCAGUGUCCAUCCUGUCAUGCCGAAAUCCUGACCAAUGUGAAGAGAACUCCCACAGGACGCACCCAUUGCUGGGCCUUGAUCCUUUGCCUAUUCCUCUGCUGGCCCUGUGUGUGUGUUCCCUAUUGUGUGGACUCUUGUCAGAAUGCCGAGCACUCGUGUCCCAAUUGCGGUUGUUACAUCGGCACCUACGAGAAUUAACUAAACUCUCUUAACAAAUCAAUUAACUUAUUAGUGCGAAUUAUAUUAUAACGAUUAACUUAACUUUUCCAAAUUACAAACUAUUAUAAUAAAGCAAACGAUCACAAAA